UUUUCGAGCGCGAUUUCUGAAAAUAAAAGACCUAAAAAUAAAAACCCAUAAGAAUUAGGGCUCCCUUUAUAUAUCCAGUUCUGUACUUCAUCCUAAAAGUACCGCAGAGGCUGAGAAUAAAAAACAAACAAUCAUGGUGAAUCCAAGAUGUUUCUUAGAUAUAACCAUCGGAGGUGAAUUAGAAGGAAGAAUCGUUAUUGAAGUUUACAGUGAUGUUGUUCCUAAAACUGCUGAAAAUUUCAGGGCUCUGUGUACCGGUGAAAAGGGUAUUGGUCCUAAUACCGGAGUUCCUCUUCACUUCAAGGGUAAUUGUUUUCACCGGGUAGUCAAAGGUUUUAUGAUACAAGGUGGGGAUAUAAGUGCUAGGAAUGGGACAGGGGGAGAAUCAAUCUAUGGUGUGAAAUUUGAGGAUGAGAAUUUUGAAUUAAAACAUGAGAGGAAAGGAAUGUUGUCAAUGGCUAAUUCAGGUCCAGAUACUAAUGGAUCACAGUUCUUUAUUACGACUACCCGGACAUCUCAUCUAGAUGGAAAACAUGUUGUUUUUGGUAAAGUGAUUAAGGGUAUGGGUGUGGUUCGUUCUAUUGAACAUGUUCCUACAACUGUGGGUGAUGCUCCUGAUCUUGAGAUUUUAAUUGCUGAUUGUGGAGAGAUUCCCGAGGGAGUUGAUGAUGGGACUUCAAACUUUUUCAAUGAUGGUGAUACUUAUCCUGAUUGGCCAGCUGACCUCGAAGAGAAGUCAGGGGAAAUCACUUGGUGGAUGGAUGCUGUUAGUGCUGUUAAAGGUUUUGGAAACGAGCAUUACAAGAAGCAAGACUAUAAGAUGGCUCUUCGUAAGUAUCGCAAGGCCUUGCGGUACUUGGAUAUUUGCUGGGAGAAAGAUGACAUUGAUGAAGAAAAAAGUUCAUCUCUGAGGAAAUCAAAGUCACAGAUAUUCACAAAUAGUUCUGCAUGUAAACUGAAACUUGGAGAUUUAAAAGGAGCUUUAUUGGACACAGACUUCGCAAUGCGCGAUGGGGAGGACAAUGUCAAAGCUUUGUUUCGCCAAGGGCAGGCAUAUAUGGCAUUAAAGGAUGUGGAUGCUGCUGUCGAGAGUUUCAAAAAGGCAUUAGAGUUGGAACCAAGUGAUGCUGGAAUAAAAAAGGAGCUUGCUGUUGCAAAGAAGAAGAUUGCUGAUAGACGUGAUCUGGAAAAGAAGGCGUAUUCGAAAAUGUUCCAGUAGAAUGUUACAGCCACUGAUGGUACUGUCUUUUUCUGGGUUUUCUGAUGAGGGGAAGGAACAUCCAAUUUUGAAGUACUACAUAACCAUCCAAUUUUGACAUUCUAUGAUCAACUUGAACUUAGUUAAUUUUUGUUUUUUGUUUAAACAUUAUUUUAAGUCAUAGAGAUUUUUUUUCUUUUGAAUUUUAUGCUACAUUACUGAGCACAUAUGGUAGUUUUUUUUUGUC